AUGCGGGGGACUCGACCUCAGUCGCCGAAGUGUCCAGAAGAGCCCAGCGAGGCUAGGCCCCUAGGUGUUGUGCACGUCUACCGUAAGAAUCAGGGUGCUGAAAAGGCCGGGCGGGGACGCUCCUUCUCCGGAGCUGAGUGCGGGUCGGAGCGAGGGGCGCCCCCUAAGGCCCCGCGGAACCUCAGCCCUCCCCGCAGGAGCCACCGCCUUCGUGGAUGUUUGGGUAUCGAUUGCCCAGAGCCCCGCAAGGGGAGAUGUCCAACGCCACCCUUCGACCCGCGCUUCCCCAAGCAGAGCCAGACCCGUCACUGCUACCAGAGCUUCCUGGACUACGAUCCCUGCGUGAAGAGGACGAACCGCCGCGGGAAAAGCACACAGCCCUGCGAUGAUUACUUCCGCGUGUUCCACGCGCCGUGCCCCCUGAGCUGGGUGCAGCUCUGGACCGAGAUCAAGGACGGGACUUUCGCUGGCAAAAUCUAACGGCCGGAGGGCUGCUUCUCCGAGGGAUCAGAAUCAGUGUCAUCGCCCCUGAUUCUCUCGUCUUCCGGAGAAUGGGCCCCAGCACCCCAAACCCCGCCCCAUCUUUAAGCCGCCAAUAAAGCUAUG